GAUUUGGAUUGGCUUCGAGAGAUUGUGUCAGAAUUUGUAAGCUUGAUAGAAUUGAAGCAAUGCCCUUUCUGUACUAGUGAAGCCAUGAGACUCCAGGUCUGUAUUCACCAUCAACAUUGCUUGCCGCGUCAUUCGACUCAUCAGAGACGCUUCAUCCUUCAGCGCAAAACAACGGGCCCCUUCUUUAUGGCAAGAUGACCUGCACCGCAUGCGACUUUCCAGCAGCUCCCGAUAAUGCCGAUCAAGGUUCCACAUACGACGAGCUAUUACAAGCAGCUCAGGCCAAUUGUCCGCGAUGCACGUUCGUUUUGAAGUGUAUCAGGACAGGAGCAGCACACAUCAAAGUUGCGGACAUUUUGAAGGUGACAGCUCUUUCUCAUGGCUACGUUAAAAUUAUUUGGUCUGGUGGAGAGUUGUCGCUGGAGGCCUUCAACCAACAUGGUGUCGAAGAUGCUGGGCUGGGUAUUACGCGGUUAUCUCUAGGUCGUUUCCCUAGCACUACGGAGUUUCGAACGACGGCCACAACAAUCCAGUCUUGGAUAAAGGAGUGUGUUGGUGCACACAAAGGCUGCCGGUCACAGACCCAAGAUCAAUCUGCCUCGUUCAUAUGCCCAAAGAGACUGCUCGACUUGAAUAAUGGGACACUGAUUCUUCGAGAGGAUCUUGGGCAAAAGUUGAGCUACGCCUGUCUGAGCCAUUGCUGGGGAAAAAUCAACAUCGUGAAGACAACAACGCAAACCAUAGGGCAGUUCAAGACAGGAGUUCCCUUGGACCGGCUGUCGAAGACGUUCCGGGAUGCUGUUGAUAUAUGUCGCAGUCUUGGAAUUCUCUAUCUCUGGAUUGACUCACUUUGCAUCAUUCAGGACAGCGACAAAGACUGGAAAGAACAGGCAGCUCAGAUGGCAGAUAUCUACCAGUAUUCAUUCCUGACCAUAGCAGCUACAAAAUCCAGCGACGGUUCUCAGGGAUGCUUCUCAGAAACUAGCCACCAAUAUGUUGCCAAGUUGGUUCCUGGAUUUCAAGACAUUUAUGUCCGUCGAGAUCUGCCACUCUUUCCAAACCACUGGACGCAAUUAGAAAAGAACGAUAGCUAUCCACUGCUGAACCGUGCAUGGAUCUAUCAAGAGAUGAGACUGUCACCACGGGUACUGCACUUCUGCAACGAGGAAGUCAUCUGGGUAUGCCGAACUUCACAACGCAGCGAAAGCGGAUGUAAUGACAUGGAUUACAACGACGGCAAGAGUUUCAAGCCUGCACUAUUUGGGUGCGUUAGCGACGAACCCCGUGAAAAGGGCCACGUCAUAUGGCAUCGAACGGUUCAGGAGUACUCCAGACUGAACAUUACCUUCGAAUCAGACAAGACGAUAGCACUAGCUGGUAUUGCUCAGCGCACGCAACGUACUCGACCAGAUGAUAGAUAUCUAGCGGGUAUAUGGGAGAAGCACCUCCCGCUCGAUCUUCUUUGGAUGGUCUGGCCUACACCAAAUGUCAAGAAACCGAGACUUGCUAGAUACCCGUCGUGGUCCUGGGCUUCUGUAAAGUCACAAGUAAUGUGGGAUGGGCACUGGAGCCCGCUUCGGUCCGUGGUCGUCCGGGAAGUGCGCUAUAUCUCUGACGGUCCAAGCCACAUGGGAGACUGUUCAAAAUCGAUAAUCACUCUGCAAGCUCCCCUUAUAGGCACAAAAUCCUUACUGCUGACCCAUGUUACACCAAUGAGCGUAUGGAGUGGCAAGGCCAGUAACACUGUCACACAAUUGCAAGAUAUUCGUGUCGAAGAGCUUUGUGUCAACGACUAUAAACCUGAUAGUCCGGUAGAUGGAUCAUCAUCUGCAACAUGGCCCCCUGCCAGUGGAGGAUUCGUUAUUCCACUUGGUGUCAAUGUUGAAGACAGCUUUGCUUUCUGUGGUAUCCACGUUGUCAAGAAGCUGGGAAGUGAUGGUUAUGAGCGAGUGGGCCAUGUUGGGAUUAGCCAUGAUGCUUUAUUGACGAGCAAUUACACCAAAUUUAUGAAGCGUCUAAAGAAGGACGAUAGUUCGCAGUUGCCACUUACGGAGGCUCUAGAGAGCACUUCCAGAGCCUACGCUCAUGGUGUAAAAGGGCUCCUAGAAGGUUUGCAAGUCUCAGAUAUUGUCUUAGUAUGAAGUCAGUGUUUAUAUUAUCAAAAGAGACCAAUGCCUCGCAUCCCUCCUGUCAAUUUUUAAUUCAUGAUCUCUUGUUCUUUGUGCUAGCGCGCAUGGCUGAUCUAUCCUGCAC